AUGGCUGGUACCCAUCGUGACUAUAUUCACUCCAUAAUACAAUUUCUCGAUGGCGCUAAUUUACAUGAAUCUGCACGCAUGGUGGAGAGGGAAUCAGGAUUGUUCUUUAACCUGAACUACUUUGAGGACUGCUUCAUCCGCGGAGCAUUUCAGAAAGCGGAGGAGUAUGUGAGCAGUUUCACAACCGUGCACGACAACCACUGCUCAACUCGUAUCAUCCACGAGAUCCGGUGGCACAAGUUCUUGGAGGCCAUGGAUAAUAAGCGAUAUGAUGAUGCAAAGUCCAUUCUCGAAGAGUUUAAGGAUUUCGAGCGGUAUAAUCCUAAUAUAAUCGCUCAGAUGACUGAGCUAUUUGACCUUGAAAAAUUCAGGUCAUUCGAAGGGCUGCCUGGAGACCCAGAACUAGAGAGAAGGGCAGCAUGGGAACAUAUUAAGAAAUACUUGAAGGCCAAUCCGCGGCUAGCCGGGAAGCUUCGGUACCAGGUGGGGUCUCCCAAUUUUCGUGGUUUUCUACCAGUGAUUCCACCAGCUCAAGCAGCUCAGUCAUCAGCAUCAGCUGGAUCAGGGCCGCAGGGAAAUGGGAAUUUGAGGAUGAAUGGGAAUCUUCCCUGCUGCUGUCCAAGGAAUAGGAGGGUUUAG